AUGCCGAGUAUAACGGACAAUGACACUAAUAUCGGGUCAUCCCGAGGCGAUGCCUCGACGACCUCUGGCGAUAUCGCAAGCAGUCUUACUGGUAGUGGUGGCUCGUCAGGCUCGGCGCUGAUGAUGACUCUGUUGCCCGCACUGGUGUACGCCAUUUUUUGGGUCAGUUUGUUUCUGAUCUUUCGACGAACGCAGCGCCGUUGGUAUGCCCCGAGAUCUUACCUGCCUGAUCUGCACGAACAUGAACGGAGUCCCGAGUUGCCCACGGGCUGGGUCAAUUGGCUCGGCACAUUCUUGAAAAUUGAAGACAACCAUGUGCUGCACCACUCCUCACUGGACGGGUACCUGUUUCUGCGCUUUUUACGGGUCCUGGCUGCGACAUGUCUGACAGGAUGUGUGAUUACAUGGCCGAUUCUGCUGCCUCUUCAUGCCACGGGGGGUAAUGGCAACGCUCAGCUCGAUAUCCUCAGUUUCAGCAACGUCAAGAACCCGAAUAGGUAUUACGCGAAUGUCAUAGUCGCAUGUGUUUACUUCACGUUCGUGUUCUAUGUCGUGGUGAGAGAAAGCUUGUACUAUGCCAAUUUGCGCCAGGCCUACCUCAACUCUCCUGCCUACGCAUCUCGAAUGUCUUCCCGUACAGUUCUCUUCAUGUCGGUCCCGGAAGCGUAUAAGAACGAGAAGAAACUGCGACAAGUAUUCGGAGACUCAAUCCGCCGAACCUGGGUCACUUCGGACUGCUCAAAGCUGGAAAAGAUGGUCAGUGAACGAGAUAGGUUGGCUGAAAAGUUGGAGACCGCGGAGACCAAACUCAUUCGGAGAGCGAACAAAAUUCGCACCCAGGCAAUCAAGAAGGGCGAAGUGAGUCUCGAUACAUGUCUGGACUACGAAUCCAGCAAUCCAGCAUGGUCUCACAAGGUGGAACGUCCUACGCAUCGACUGAAGCUUUUUGGCGAGAGAGUCGACUCUAUCCACUGGUAUCGUGCCGCGCUCGCAAAGAAAAUCGAAGAGGUAUCCAAUCUACAGACUAAACACCAGAACGGGGACGGGAAACAGCUCAGCGCAAUCUUCGUCGAAUUCAAUAGCCAGAAUGAUGCGCAGAUCGCCUUUCAAACCCUGUCUCAUCACCAACCGUUUCAUAUGACGCCUCGCUUUAUUGGAAUUUCACCCCGCGAGGUUGUAUGGUCCGCUUUGAAUCUCAGCUGGUGGCAACGCGUGGUUAGAAGAUUCGCAGCCCAGGGAUUUCUCAUAGCACUGGUCAUCUUCUGGUCAUUUCCGGCCGCGAUUGUUGGUGCAAUCUCGAACAUCACAUACAUCUGCACACUGAUACCAUUUCUCAAGUUCAUCCUUGAGUUGCCCGAUGUCAUCAAAGGUGCAAUUGAGGGCCUGCUGCCUGCUGCGGCCCUAGCAGCCCUGAUGUCACUGGUGCCAAUCAUAUGCCGUCUAUGUGCGAGACGAGCUGGUGUCCCGUCGAAGGCCCGGGUUGAACUGUUCACACAAAGCGCUCACUUCGUCUUUCAAGUGGUGCAAGUCUUCUUGGUCACGACCUUGACAUCAGCCGCAUCAGCUGCUACUGCACAGAUUAUUAAAGACCCUCUUUCGAUCAAAGAUCUAUUGGCCCAGAACCUUCCAAAGGCGACGAACUUUUACAUCUCCUACUUCAUGUUGCAGGGAUUGAGCAUGAGCUCCAUGGCCCUUGUUCAAAUUGUCAGCGCCCUAGUGUUCAAGUUUGUCACAACAUUCUUCGCAUAUUCCCCUCGUCGUCUGUUUCAAGGAUGGGCCGAACUUGCUAGUCUCAGCUGGGGUAAUGUCUUUCCCAUCUUCACCAACAUGGCUGUAAUUGCAUUGACAUAUUCAUGCAUCGCACCGCUGAUUCUGGGAUUUGCUUUCCUCGGGCUUUAUCUUGUAUACCAAGCCUAUCGAUACAAUUUCCUGUUCGUAUAUAAUAUCGAAAUCGAUACCAAGGGCCUGGUAUACCCACGAGCCCUCCAACAUUUGUUGACGGGGUUGUACUUGGCCGAGAUUUGCCUGAUAGGUCUUUGCGCGAUCAAGGGCGCUAUUGGCCCUGUUAUCAUCAUGGCUCUAUUCCUAGUCGGCAACAUCCUGGCUCACAUAUCGCUCAACGACGCACUCGCCCCGCUGAAUACAUUCCUACCACGUUCCCUUGAUGCCGAAGAAGAAAUGCUCCAAGAAAAAGAGGAUGCAGUCGCAGCGAUCAACGAACAGCGUCGCCCACGUGCAAUGGCCUUUUGGAGAUGGUUCCAUCCAAACGUGUACAAAGAUUACGAAGCAUUGCGCCGCAAGGUUCGCCGCAACGUUAAGGAGGUCUCUUACACACCGGAAGAGAUGCGCACAGCAUAUUUCGAGCCAUGCGUGGCAUCGCCGCCACCGACUCUAUGGAUCCCACGCGAUAAAUGGGGAUUCAGUAAUCACGAGGUUAUGGAAACAGAUGCAAUCAUUCGUAUUACGGAUGAGGGCGCUCAUUUGAGUGAGAAGAACAAGAUUGUGUGGGACAAAUAUGACCCCCAUCUUCCUUUGCGGGAGUUGAAAACCCUGUAUUGA